UUCUCUAGUCACUGUGAUCUUUGGAGCAGAGACGGUGAACGGACUAGCACGAUGAAGGCAAUCCUCGCCACGGCCCUCCUCGCCUUGAUUUCGGGUACAGCUUACGGCUACCCGAAAUUAGUUUUCAAGCCCGGUGCCGGAUUCGGCAGUAGUAGCUUCGGCAACGGUGGACCUGGUUUCAACUUUGGUGGUGGCAGCUUCGGCAACGGAGCUGCUGGUUUCAAGCCUGGUGCCGGAUUCAGCGGUGGCAACUUCGGCGGACCUGGUUUCAAGGCAGCUGGCGCUGGCAACGGGCUCGGCGGUGGCUUCGGAGGCGCUGGCUUUAACGCAGGUGGCGGCGUCGGCUACGGUAGCUUUGGCUACGGAGGAGCGGGUUUCGAGUUCGGUGCUGGAAACCUUGGCUUCGGGGCAGCUGGUUUCAAGGCAGGCUCUGGCAACGGUGCUGGUAACUUCGGCUUUGGAGGACCUGGUUUGAACUUCGGUACCGGCAACGGUUUCGGCAGUAUCGGCUUCGGAAGCCAGGGUCUCAAGGCAGCUGGUGCCGGCCUUGGACUCGGUGGUGGCUUCGGAGGAUUUAAGUCGGGAUCUGGCAAUGGAUUCGGCAGCUUCGGCAACGGAGGACCUGCUUUCAAUCCUAGUGUUGGCUUCCGGGCUGGAUAUGCCCAGGGUUUCAGCGCUGGCAUUCAAAAACUCGGCUUCAACAAUGGCUACGGUCCAUACUGAACACGUAAGGCUGCUUGCAAUGCCCUGAAAUAACAGUAAAUGGUCACCGAGUUCAACGCUCUUUGGUCAAGCUGAUUGAUGGUUACAAGGAGGCGUUUUUAGAACGUUUUGAGUAGGUCUUCAGCAAGCUGUUUCUGUGUGCCCAUCAACGCCUUAAGAGAUUAGAUUCUGUCAUAAGAUGGUGGAUGAAUACGGGCUUCACAUGAUAAGUCCAUUUUCACAACUCAGGAAUAUGACGAGAGUGCUAUCAGUCAAUAAAAUCAA